CUCCUCAGUCACCCGCCGGCGCCGCCUCUUCUCCGCUCCGCUGCGGUGGACAGAGGACAGACUCACAGCGGAAACUUCUGCAGGGGACACGGGGAAGGGAUAUAGAAAGGAGUCUGAACCUGACACUGCUGCUGAGCCCCUUCAGAUCUGUCUCUUCUCCUCUGAGGACUCUUCAAGGCUCCCUCCACACCUGCUGAUCCACAAACUGCAGCGGAGCCAUGUCUAUCUGAUCCCACAGGUCUACAGCAGCCAUGGCCAAAACAAGCGCUGAGCCGUCCCACUGCUAGGCGUUGGGGCAUCCGAGAGGGCAGAAGACAUGUUGGGACAGAGGCCCGGGGACCACUGCACUGAAAUCUGUUACUAUAGCAACUACUGUAGUAACCAUGGAAACGCUAUGGAGGACGGGUCUGUUUUGCACUGUCAUCAUCGUCAUGGUUGCCACAGAGGUCGAAGGAGGUCACAGAGAUGAGUUCGCCCAGUCACAAGCUGCCUUCCUGUCCAGUCUAGGCCAGUAUGAGAUAGCCAUCCCAAUACGUGUAGAACCAAAUGGCGAGACUAUGGAUGCAGAAACGCCUCCACAUCACAGAAGAAGAAGACGCAGCACUGAAGACAGACUACCUGACUCUCUCUUCUACCAGCUGUCCACGUCACGUAACAACUUCCUGCUGAACCUGACGCUGCAGGGAGGCCUGCUGUCCCGGCAGUUCAGGGUGGAGUAUUGGAAGAAAGGUCGUUUAGCCUGGAGUCAUCCUUACUCUCCCCAUUGCCAUUAUGUAGGACACCUCCAAGACCAGCCGCAUUCAAGCAAAGUGGCCCUGAGCAACUGUAACGGCCUGCAGGGGGUGAUUGUUGCAGGGGGAGAGGAGUACCUGAUUGAACCCCUUGUCUCACCAGAUAACCAGACCAGGACGGAGCGGGGGGAGAGAGCAGAGGGGCGCCCCCAUGUGGUUUACAAACGGUCAUCGCUCCGCCAUCAAUACAAGGGCAAAUCCUGUGGAGUCGUUGAUGAGAAGCCAAUGAAAGGUGCGUCAUGGUGGCAGCGAACUCUAAAGACGCCUCCCCAUCAUGUCGGUCGUGGCCAACUGCCUCUAAAGCGUUCAGUUAGCCGCGAGCGCUACGUGGAAACGCUAGUAGUAGCUGACAAGAUGAUGGUGGGUUACCAUGGUCGCAGAGACAUCGAGCAGUACAUCCUGGCUGUCAUGAAUAUUGUUGCCAAACUGUUCCAGGAUUCUAGCCUGGGGAAUGCAGUCAACAUUGUAGUGACACGGCUCAUCCUGCUGAUGGAAGAUCAGCCAACACUAGAGAUCAACCACCAUGCAGGGAAGUCUUUAGACAGCUUCUGUAAGUGGCAGAAAAACAUCCAGCACCGGAGCAGCUACGGUAACGCCAUACCAGACAACGGGAUUGCUCACCAUGACACUGCUGUGCUUAUCACCAGAUAUGACAUCUGCAUCCAAAAGAACAAGCCCUGUGAAACCCUAGGUCUGGCUCCUGUAGGAGGGAUGUGUGAGCCGGAGAGGAGCUGCAGCAUCAAUGAGGACAUCGGACUGGGAACAGCCUUCACUAUCGCCCACGAGAUAGGACAUACGUUUGGGAUGAACCAUGAUGGGAUGGGGAAUGCCUGCGGGCCCCGCAGCCAGGAGACCGCCAAGCUGAUGGCUGACCAUAUCACCAUGAAGACAAACCCAUUCAUCUGGUCUGCCUGUAGCCGGGACUACAUCACCAGCUUCCUGGACUCAGGUAUGGGUUCCUGUCUGAACAACAUCCCCCUGAAGCAGGAGUUUGUGUACCCCACCACAGCACCGGGUCAGGCCUACGACGCAGACGAACAGUGCCGCUUCCAGUACGGUGUCAGAUCUCGACAAUGUAAAUAUGCGGAAGUCUGCAGUGAACUGUGGUGCAUGAGCAAGAGCAACCGUUGCAUCACCAGCAGCAUCCCUGCCGCAGAGGGAACCAUCUGUCAGACCAACACCAUAGAGAAAGGGUGGUGCUACAAAAGGGUGUGUGUGUUGUACGGGACUCGUCCGGAGGGAGUGGAUGGGGGUUGGGGUCUGUGGUCACCCUGGGAGGAGUGCAGCAGGACGUGUGGUGGAGGAGUCUCCUCAUCCAUCAGACACUGUGACAGCCCCAGGCCAACUAUCGGUGGAAAGUAUUGUCUGGGGGAGAGAAAGCGCUUCAGGUCCUGCAAUAUUGAUGAGUGCCCUGCAGGCUCUCGGGAUUUCCGGGUUAUGCAGUGUGCAGAUUUUGACAGUGUUCCUUUCCGGGGAAAGUUUUACACCUGGAAGCCAUACAGAGGGGGCGGGGUGAAGCCCUGUUCCCUCAACUGCCUGGCAGAAGGAUACAACUUCUACACGGAGCGUGCUCCAGCCGUGGUGGACGGCACGCCUUGUCGAGACGACUCUUUGGAUGUGUGUGUAAAUGGAGAGUGUAAGCACGUAGGCUGUGAUAGAGUCCUCGGCUCGGACGUGCGUGAUGAUCGCUGCCGGAUCUGUGGGGGUGAUGGAAGCAGCUGUGUCUCUGUGGAGGGACUCUUCAACGACUCGCUGCCCGAAGGAGGUUAUGAAGAAGUAGUCAGAAUUCCUAAAGGCUCAGUGUUCAUCAACAUACAAGAGCUCAACAUCUCCCUCAACUACCUUGUGCUAAAGAGUAAAGGGGACCAGUACUUUAUCAAUGGGAAGCUGACCAUUGACACGCCGCGCAGGUUUGAUGUCGCCGGUACCAUCUUCCACUAUAGGCGACCCACUGACGGACCAGAGACUCUUGAAGCUCUGGGGCCAACAAACAUGACCCUGAUUGUCAUGGUGCUGGUGCGGGAGGAGAACCCGGGGAUCCACUAUCGCUUCAACCCCCCUAUUAACAGGGAACCUCUGAUGGGCUUUGCCUGGCACUACACCUCCUGGUCACGCUGCUCAGCUCUCUGCGCUGGAGGUGUGCAGACACAGCAGGUGGUGUGUAGGAAGCAGGCAGAUAAUUCAGUCGCCUACAAUCACUUCUGUGACAAGAAGAACAAACUUAAAGAAAGGAAAAGAUCCUGCAACACUGAGCCGUGCUCUCCAUCCUGGUGGACAGGAGUAUGGUCGGAGUGCAGUCGCAGCUGUAAUGGCGGCCUGCGGACUCGGGAGGUGUUCUGUAAAAGGCGGCUCUCUGUGACGGAGGAGAAGGUCCUGGACGACUCCGCCUGUGCGAUGCCACGGCCUCCUCUCACUGAGCCCUGCAGCAACCACAGCUGCCCCCCCGAGUGGCUGGCCCUGGACUGGUCAGAGUGUACGCCCAGCUGUGGUCCUGGCUACAGGCACCGUGUGGUGUUGUGUAAGAGUGGGGAGAGCGGAGACAACCUGUCAGAGUCCAAGUGCCCCAAACAUGGCCGACCAACCUCCAGGGUGCGCUGUAACCUGCAGCGCUGCCCUCCCCCUCAGUGGUUGACGGGUCCCUGGGGAGAAUGUUCUUCCAGGUGUGGGCUGGGUCAGGAGAUGCGUUCGGUGCAGUGUCUGACUCCCACCGGCCAGCCGUCCAAUGAGUGUCUGGAACAUCAGCGGCCAGCAGCCAUGCAGCAGUGCAAGAGCAAAUGUGACCUCAAUCUUGCCAUCAGCGCAGACAACCCUGAAGAGUGUAAAGAUGUGAACACUGUGGCCUACUGCCCCCUGGUGCUCAGGUUCAAGUUCUGCAGCCGGCCAUAUUUCAGACAAAUGUGCUGCAAGACCUGCCAAGGACACUGACCUGGACACAGCAUCCAUUCUCUGGGCCCUGUACAAUCUCACAGUAAGCUUGAAUCCUUCCCACUGAGCCUUUUACAGCAGCCCUCACAACUGGGACGCUGUCGAGCAAACAUCUAGUCCUGGUACUGUUAAAGAGGGACUUUUUUUUUUCAGCCAGAAUCCAGCACAAACCUCUCCGAGCUGAGCUGGGCCUAAACAGCCUUGGCUGAGUUUUACAUUCCACUGGAGGGAGGGCUGCUGAAACCUGCAGACAGAGUGAGAGAGUAUCUUCCCUCCGUCGUCUGUCUUUCUAAUGAUCCCUCUGUUGUAAAAUUUUGGUGCUACUAUAUUUUUAUUUGGCCGCAGGCCUGGUCACCGUACUAUCUUAAACCUGUAUCGUAACAGGUGAUAUUUUCUUUGUUAUGAGUUUUUAAAAAAUCCACUUCAAGAAUAUGAUUUAUCCUGAUAUUUUCCCUCAUGAAAAAGAAUAUCUUGUGCUAUUAAAUGAAAGAUCUGUUUCUAUGUUAUCUAAUAGUUGUUACCUGAACACAUUGUUUUAAUGCCAUCGCUUAACUCCAGAUCAACGUACUCAUGAAGUCCUGGCUGUUAUUUAGCUGAAGUAUGAGCAGAGUUUGAUUUGCACAGUGUCAGCAGUCAGAGGAUUUGAGUGUUUUGUUUGUUUUGUCUUGAUAUAUUUGUGAAAGCUAUCAAUGUGUCACUGCAGUAAACCUGCCGUGGUCUUGCCAUUUUGUGUCAUUUGCUCAAAAAAACCAACAUGUUUUAACCUUUACAGUAAAACAGAGCUGCACAGGACAAACAGAAACUCUGCCUUUAGUAUUUUGUGAUGCAAGACAGGACAUUUUCAGAUUAUAGGAUGUUAUUUUGUGGCUGCCGACUGUGGGAGCAUGUGCAGUAACUUUUAUUGUGAGUGUAAAUUCAGAGCACAGUGAGACACAGUUGAGUCAGCUCUGCCAGCAGGAACAGGUCCAGAGGGAGGACGAGUGGAGACCUCUGACCGUACUUUCUUUCAAACUGCAUUUGAUAGUAGGAGUGCUAAUUUGAGGAUGGAUUAGCACACACAUAAAAUAUCAGAUUUCAUUGUGGCACAGAUAUGAUAAAUUAACGACAGGCUAAGACCAUCAUUUAAGUUACUAUGGAAAGAUUCCUGCCUCAUUUAGAAAAAAAAACUAGAGCCAGUUUUAAUUAGGGUAAUAGCUGAUUCUGUUUGGCCACAUGGAGGCAGCAUAAGCAACACUGACAUAUUACUUUUUUUGUUAAUACAUUGAACAUGUUAGCAAACAUUAACACAUCAUUCUUAAACUGAACAAGAUUAUCAUUAAGUUGGAUUUAUUUUUGCCCACAUGCCCAUGUGAAUGGGGGUUUUGUAAAGAGCCUAUUCACAUCCUCAUUUCAUAUAUUGGGAUUUGUAUUGGUAAAAAGAAAAUCAGUUAUAACUGCUUUAUCGCAUUACACGCACUGUAUGAGCUGGAUGCUAAAAUAUUGAAAGGAAAAAUGUCAGCUUUGUCCUUCUAAAGAUAGUUUUGUGACUAUUUCAUCCUAAAAGUCACUGCUUCUUGCUGUUGUAAAGGAAACAAAUCACCUGACUCAAAUCUUUGCAGCGCAAAUUUCAUUGAAGUUUUUUUAUUGAAAAAGAUGCAGUUUCAGCUGUUUGUUUAUCCUUAAAAACAUUCAGAAAGGCUGUGUCAGAGAUCAGUCAUCACUGUGACAUCCACUGUGCUCUGAAAGCAGUUCUUACACCACAUGUCUCAUCAUUUCAUUGUAAAGAAUCAACAGUUUGUCUUUAUGGGGAUUUGCUGCCAUGCGGUUCCUUUCCUUUUUUUAUGUGGUGCUUUGGUUUGGAUUGGUGCUAUCGGUUCACUGUUGUUGUCGUUAUCAUUUUAACAAUUGUGCUUUAAAUGUUUUAGAAGUAAAUUUGAUUUUGUUUUUAAUAAUACCAAGAUGCAGAAUUGUUAUAGGUGGGUGCCAAGUUUGGCUUCAUGGUUAAUUUCAGUUUAAUUUACACUUCCUGACUUUUUAAAGUGGCCAGUAAUGCAUCAAAAACUCCAAAUGUAGUUCACCAUGCAGAUCCUAAACUUAAAUCAAAUACUGUAACAUUUAAAGGGCCACUGAAAAAAAUGUUCCUAAGCUCUUAACAAUUUGAGCCUUAUAAUAAAACCUAUUUUGGUGGCAUUUAUGGGUUUCAAACACUUAUAGAAAUGUUACUUUCUCAGAUUGUGCCCCCCAAAACAUUUUUGGUUCAGGAAUGAACAUAGUAAAACUAGAUUGUAGUGAUUUCUGUUGCACAUAGUUUCAGAAGUUAUUCUUUAGGCAAUUUCUCUGUAUCUACCUGUGCUUAAAAUGAAGGUUCACACUGAGAAGUGGGCCUGUUUUAUCCAAGUUAAUAUGAGGGACAGUACCGGUAAUUGUUUAUUUCUUCGUCACAUGCUAAUUAUAACAUGACAUGUACUGUAUGUUGUUAAAUACUAUAGAAUAUGAAUCCAUUUUUCCUCCAUGUACAUCCUUUUAAAAGGAAAUAUUAAAUUGAUUAAACAUG